UCCGACAGAAUUUACAAAUACGAGACCGUAGGAAAAAUCGCAGGUGGUAUUUUUGUUGUUAGAAUUAUAUUAUCAUAGUUCGCAAUAGUCGUUUGUUAUUGCAAUUGAAGCUAUCAUUGUUUAGCCAACAAUUUGGUGGAAAUGCCCCCAAAGAAAGAUGCCAAAGGUGGCGCCAAGGCUGCGCCUGCCAAAGGUGGUGGUGGAAAGAAAGGUGGAACCGGUGCCGGCGAUGAAGGUGGGAAAGAAAAAAAGGGAGGCAGUGCUGUUAAGGUGCGACACAUUCUGUGUGAGAAACAAGGCAAAAUAUUGGAAGCAUUGGAAAAACUGAAGGAAGGACAGAGCUUCAAUGUAGUGGCGACAAAUUACAGUGAAGAUAAAGCUCGGCAAGGAGGUGAUCUUGGAUGGCAAAUUCGGGGGGCCAUGGUUGGUCCUUUCCAAGAUGCUGCGUUUGCGCUACCAAUAUCAACGAUAAAUGCACCAAAAUACACCGAUCCACCAAUUAAAACCAAAUUUGGCUACCACAUAAUUAUGGUCGAGGGCAAGAAAUAAAACAAUUUACAUGUUUUAGUUUUUAUUGUAA